AUGCAGCGUGCCACGCUUCGCGGAAAGCUGGUGUGCAAUUUUCAUGACCCCGUGGGAGAGAUAAUUGUGAUACCGCAAGCUUCCGCGCAGGAAGCAUAUCGAAUAUCAGCAAGCCUGGUGGCCAGGCGGAUAAAUCCUGUUAGCUCCGUCGCAGCAGCACAGAGAAUAAACCUAAACAGGCCAGGCGUUGUCACCUUCGACAUAACCGCAGACAUGGUAGCCAGUGGAGAGCAGUCCCUUGAGAUUCGGGCAAGAGACAAGCCGAAGGGCAGCCUUGAGGUUUUUGUCUUUCCGGCCGCUGGUAAUGGGUGCAUAGACUUUGAGAUUCGCAACCAGUCGAUCUCGAAAUGUUUCAGUGUUCAGCAGCUUGCCGACUGCCUUUCUUCACAGAAGAUCUCGGAUAUCGUGUCUGAUCACACGCCUAGAUCCAUGAGAUUGACCAUCACUAGCGAGGGCCGCGUUGUCCUCAGCCGCUGGUCGACUCUGCCACUGGCGGAGGGCCUUUGGUUUGUACUGCUUAUGCCACAUGGCUCCGGCUCGUCAUUCUCCAAUGGCUUUGUCAACUACGAGCUGUCCUUGAAAGGCGCACGGCCCCGGCCUUCACUUGCCCUCUCGGCUUUAGCCAUGUGCGGCAUACCUCUCGUAGUUGUCUUGAUCUUCCAGGCGUUAGACAUGCUGCUCAAGCGGACUUGGCAUGUUCGCCGUGGCAGCCCUCGUGAUGCGCGUCCCUUUCUCCAGCUAGUCAGGGAGUGGUGCCUACUGGAUGAAGGCUUUCGCCAUUUCCUCUGGGGGACAGCGGAUGAAGCCGUCAGACGUGGAUCGCACGCAGCAAUUAUUUGCCUGUCUGCUGGCUGCUUCUUCCUGGCAGCUAUUCAGAUGGCCAUGGGAUUAUGGGCUGGCCAGCGACGCGCUGGCUCGCUUGACAUCUGCCGCUACAAUUUCGAGUGCUACGUGCCGUUUGGCCUCGACCUCCCUUUCAACAACAUGCUCUCCCACAUCCCAUAUUUCGUCAGUGGCGUACUGUCCAUUAUCAUUGUGACCCACACAGACUACAAUCUUAGACUCCAAUCUGAAGCUGAGGGCAACCCCGCAGCACCGAACCUCCGUUUCUUCUACGCGCUAUCCUGGUGCCUAGUUUUGGAAGGCUUUGGCAGUUCUUGUUACCACUUAUGCCCCACGUCGUAUCAGUUUCAGUUCGACUCAGCAAUGAUGUUUGUGAUCGCUACCUUGUCCACCGUGUGCUUGUUGGAUGGGAGCGACUCGGAGGACCGACUCUUUACACCGGUGGUUCUAAUGCUUUUGAUCACAGUGCCUAUGUGGACGAUCAGCUUCGUGGGCACUUGGUUCGACUUUGUGGUCCCAGUAUCAGCCCAGGGUGCAAUCUCUUAUAACAUUUAUUGCGCGUCCGUUCUGGUCUGGUUCGUAUUCAUUCUCUUGAAAGAAUCUGGGCCGCAAAUGCAGGGCACGCAUUGUUCGCGUGCAAAGCUAAGUCAGGAAAGGCUCUACCAAGCGAAUGAUCUUUUAGCCUGGAGUCCCCUGAAGGUGCAGCAUGUCUUUCCCAACCUCGAGCAGUCUAAUUCCUGGUGCAGGGGGGGGGAGCAAAGCUCUAGCAGUGACUCGCACGUUGACCUGGAUUCUGGUGGCAGUGAUGCUGUACUUCCCUACACUUCGGAUUAA